AUGAAGUCUUUGCAAGAACUUCUAGCUGAUAGAACUACCAUAGAUGAACUGCCUGAAACUAUAUUCAGGCUAACUUGUCUCGAAAAGCUUUCCCUAAACCAUUGCAAAUCGUUGAAACGACUACCCAAAAGCAUAGAAAAGCUUAACUCCUUAAGGGAACUUUCUCUUCUUGGUUCUGCAUUGGAAGAAUUACCUGAUUCCAUUGGCUUUUUGGGAAAUCUAGAGAUUCUAAAUUUGAUGUGGUGUGAAUCGUUAAUUGCAAUUCCAGAUUCCAUUGGAAAUCUCAAAUCAUUCACUGAACUCUUGCUUAACGGUAGUUCCAUAGAAGUUAUACCGGCAUCUGUUGGUUCGCUAUACUAUCUGAAAGCUUUAUCAGUGGGAGACUGCAAGCGUUUGCACACAUUGCCAGUUACCAUUGAAGGGUUGUCUUCAAUGCUCGCUUUUCAGUUAGACAGGACUUUAAUCACUGGUUUACCUCAUCAAAUUGAAUUUUUGAAAUCACUUCAGAAGCUUGAAAUCGAAGAUUGCAAGAAUCUUAGCACACUUCCAGAAUCAAUAGCGAACUUGUCAGCCCUUCAUACGUUGAUCUUAAACAAAGCUGUAAUAAUAGAGUUACCAGAAUCUAUAGGAUUGUUGGAGAAUCUGAUUGUCCUAAGACUGAAUCAGUGCAAGAAACUAUGCAAAUUGCCUGCUUCAUUUGGAAAAUUGAAAAACUUGUAUCACCUGUUUAUGGAGGAAACUGCCAUUACUGAAUUACCUGAAACAUUUGGGAUGCUUCAUAAUUUAAGGACGUUGAAAAUGGCAAAGAAGCCCUAUGGCCAGGCCCCUCAGAUUUCUCUAAUAUCAGAGCCAGCUACUAGUGCAAAUAGUGAGGUGCUUCCAUCUUCUUUCUCGAAUCUUUCCUCGUUAGUCGAAUUCAAUGCUCGUGCAUGGAAGAUAUUCGGGAAGAUACCUGAUGAUUUUGAGAAGUUAUUAUCUUUAGAGAUUUUGAAUUUGAGUCACAAUGAUUUUCACAGUCUUCCAUCCGAUAUGAAACCUCUCCGUGUUUUCAAAAAGCUCGAUUUAUCCCACUGCAAAUUGCUCAAAGUUCUUUCUCCACUUCCUGAGAGUUUGCAAGAACUAAAUGCUGCAAAUUGUACUUCUCUGGAAAGCAUUUCUGAUCUCUCAAAUUUGAAGUAUUUAAUUGAGAUCGAAUUCACAAAUUGUGAGAAACUAAUGGACUUACCAGGCGUCGAAAAAUUGAUGUCCUUGAUAAGGUUGUACAUGGGAGGUUGCAGUUAUCGUGCCUCAGCAGUGAUACGGAAACUUGACAAGGUUGCGUUGAGAAAUUUAUACAAUUUAUGCGUACCGGGAAGUGAAAUACCGGACUGGUUUACUCGAGAUGAGCUUUGCUUUUCUAGAAAGAAAAAUGAGGCAAUAAGAAGUGUGAUUAUUGCUGUUGUCGUCUCUAAGAACUCUCAAAUCAACCAGGAUUCAACAUUAGAUGAAUUGCCUGUUAUAGCUGAAAUCGAAGCAAAGAUUCUCAGAGUAACCAUAGCAGUUUACAGUGGAGCAAUGAAUUUAAGAGGAAUCCCAAAUACAGAAGAUGAUCAGCUUUAUUUGUGCAGAUAUCCAGAUUAUCAUCCAUUAGUUUCCAUACUAGAAAACGACGACAAAUUACAGGUCGUAAGGCGCAAUCCUCAAUUUGAUCCACGAAUUAUGCUGAAGAAAUAA